AUGGUCGCCGACGCUCUCGUCUACCACCCUGCGCUGGCGCACUGGCUGCGCUUCGUCGCGACAACCGUCGGCCGAGACAAGAUCCUCCGCACAGUGCAAUAUUUCUCCCGCUUCUACGCCUGGUACCUGUACCGCACGAACAAGCCCCAGUCCGCAAUUGACCCGUACAAUGCCGUGAAGAAGCAAUUCGGCACGACCCGCAAGAUCAUGCGGAUCGGCAAAUUCCUCGAGCACCUCAAGGCAGCUGCCAUCGCGCUGGACAACAAGGGCCCCGUCGACCCCGUCCUGCGCUAUCUGGCCGUCGGACGCCAGCUCGGCUACGCGGGUUACCUGACGCUCGACGCGGUGACUGUUAUCGAUGCGAUCGGCAUUCGGAAGCUGGCUUCCGCGAAGAGACUGCAGGACGCGGCGUACCGCUCUUGGGCGGCGGGAUUGAUUUUCAGCACUGUUGCUGGUAUCUAUACUCUUGUGAGGUUGCAAGAGAAGGAGAAGACUAUUGAUCGCAAGGAAGGCGAGGGCGUUGUUGAGGCUAAGAAGAUUGAGAAGUAUGGUUUUGGUCUUGAUCUAGGUGUUAUGGAUGUGAUGGAUGCUAAUGAUUUCCUUAGGGAACGCUCUGCUGCUCGGAUACAGUUGCUCUCUGAUGUUUGCGAUCUGGCUGCGCCCUUGUCUGCUGUCGGUAUCUUGAACCUUGAUGAUGGUAUCGUCGGUAUCUCUGGUACCGUUAGCAGUUUGAUUGGUGUCUGGUCCCAGUGGCGCAAGACUGCUUAA